CCCAUGUCGUCCCCUCCCAUCAAUGACCAAGGGCCAGUGGAAAGGCAAAGUUGCCUGUAUUUUAUGAGAAUGUUGUGUUAUGGAGACACUCCUGAAAGGGGCCAGAGUUAUCCACUGAUCCCCGAUCAUCCAGUAUCUGCCCAAAAGUGUAAAUGCCAACCCCGCUCCAAGAUGGGAGAUCUAACAUCCUGCCCUCAUGAAUCACCUCAGGGUUACCAAAAACUGGCAGCAAGAGACAAGAAUCUGGACGUUUAUCUGUGGUGA